ACGUCAGACGUCAGUUGACAAUUAUACGGCGUCAUGGAAGGUUCUUUAUCGAGUUGAUUUCGUAAUAUUGUAGUGUUAGUUUAUAUUUUUAACUACGCGCGUAUUCCAAUUUAUUACCGACAAUGAAACACAAGUAGAAUAAAUAACGUCACUUUAAUACCUGUGAUAAAUCUAUCCUUACGGCAUUCGACUACUUUCACUCAUUCGAAAUAAGUGUUCUACAAACACGAGGUGAAUAUAAAUAGAGAAAUUCGGAAAUUCCAUGAUUAAAAUGGAGAAAAAAGAAGAAAAGGUUGAUUUUGAUGUCAAGAUUACUUCUGCUGUUGAAGAAAAAUCUGGAGAGUUGACACGAAAAGAAGCCUUCUGGGUAUUUGGCUACGGGUCUCUUUGCUGGAACCCUGGCUUCGAAUUUCAGCAGUCAGUCACUGGAUACGUCAAAGGAUUUUCUAGAAGAUUCUGGCAAGGGAACACUACUCACAGAGGCACUGAUUCUAAGCCUGGGCGUGUCGCAACUCUAAUAGAAGAUAAAGAGGGCAUAACUUGGGGGAAGGCCUUCUUAAUCGCAGCAGAAGACAAAGCCGCUCUGCCUUACCUUUCAACGCGAGAAUGCCAAUUAGGAGGAUACCGAAUAUACACAGUGAACUUCCAUCCCAAACCCGUAUUCCUGCCUUCAACUAGUCAUAGUUCCAUAGACAUAAACCAUAACUCCAUAGACAGCAAAAAAGAUGCGCUUCUUUAUAUAGCUGUCCCAGAAAAUAGACAUUGGCUCGGGGCAGCACCGUUACCAGAUAUAGCGAAACAGAUUUUGGAAUGCCGUGGUUCUGCCGGAUCAAAUGUCGAAUAUCUCUUGAAGUUAGCCGAUUUCAUGAGGGAAGAAAUCCCUGAAGCAUUGGAUGAGCAUUUAUUCUCCUUAGAAAGACUGGUCAAGAUAUUCGCUGCAGACAUGAAGAUAUGCUUGAAAACUCUGAUGGGCGAUGUGGAGAAAGCUGAGGAAAGCAAACCUGAAGCCAAAGCAGUUGUUCCGUCCUUCCAAUUCGCUUCUCGGAUUCCUGAUAAGAAAUUGCGUUGCGUCAAUAUGUGAAUUCCAAUAGUCGCUUAUUAAAUGCACUUAGGGAUAUGAAAAUGACUUGGAACUUUUGACUGAGAGUUGCCUUUAUUUACUGUUACCAUUAGGGAAUGAGAUGAACUUACCCUCGACAUUUCCGAAUGCGUCAAACCCUUGAUGACUUGAGGACUGUAUUAUUGGCUUUAGCUUUGUCCAGAAUGACACUGAAUGAAAACUUUAUGACGUAUAAAAUAUGAAAGAGGUGAGGACUUCAGGAUUAAUACUAUGUUAUUGAUAGGCUUGUAAAGUUGUGUGUGGACAUUUUGGGACCCGUCUUUGCUGGCGAAGACGUUGGCGUCCUUUUAACGAAAUAGAUCCACACACUUAUAUUAUUUGUAGCAGUAAAAUUGCAUUUGCUCGAAUAUUAAGUUUUUAUAACAAAUCCGAACGAAGCAACCAUUAAAUGACUCUUGUAGGUACUAAAUACGGGUAGUUCUUAAUAACAAAAACAAAUUUUUGGAUUUAAGUUAUAAGUUUCGAUAAAUAAUUUUCACGCCUAACGGAAUAUUCCAAAUGUGAUGAGCGUAUAUUUUUUUAGUUAAGUAUAAAUAUUACAAUGAUGAAUUCGAAAAUCAUUAAAUUGUAUUGUGAUUAUAAUAUGACUUGAGGUAUUAGGACGUUAUUAUAUUGACGAUAUACUGAAUAUUAUAUUAUUAUAUUAUACAAGUACCUAAGCGUAUACAAAUCAAUUGUUCAUUCAAUGGAUUUCAAAAUAGUCUCGCAUGUUUUGAUUAUGUAUGGACACGGUUUGAUAACAUACCAUGCCGUUGAAUACAACUUCCUAUUUUAUUUAUUUUUUCUAUAGGUAUACAUACCAUUUAACUUUUCCUUAUACAAUAACCUAAGAUAAUAUUAAAGAAUGUAUGUGGUCAAUAAUUGGCUAGUUUUUAUUGGAAGUCUGUAGAUGCAAUGCAAUGUAAUGAAAAAACUGACUAGUGCGAGUUGAAAUCGUUCUAUCGACAGAAAAAUAGGCUCUUCGACUAUAAUAGGGAAUAAAAUUUUGGAAUAUAAUAGGGCAUUAAAAUGAUUGUGCUAUUUUGUAGUUUACGGGUCUAGAAUAGAAUUAAAGAAAACAAUUAAAAAAAAAGAUUCUGACAAAUUGAGAACCUCUACCUUUUUUGUUUGAAGUCGGUUAAUAUUUUGAUUUAUGAACAUAAAAAUAGAGUAAUUUCUGCGAGAAAAUAUUUUUAUGUUAAAAAAUUGAAAAAUAACUGUCGUUUAUCGUUUGUGACGUCAUUAAUCGUCUUCCGUACAGCGCCACGUGACGUUAAUAAUAAUAAAUUAAGUGUGUUAAAAAUUUCGAUUCCGUACCUCAAUAGGAAAAACGGAACCCUUAUAGGAUCACUUUGUUGUCUGUCUGUCUGUCGGUCCGUCCGUCCGCCCGUCCGUCUGUCCGGACUCGCACCUGGCCGGUUUUUUUUUAAAAUAUUCUCUUUUAUUCUAGCCCCAUAAACUACUCUCUAUACAAACUAUCAUCUGAUUUUAUUACUACUGAGUUUAUUAAUUUAUGUCCUGAAUGGACCAUUUUUCCGCUCCAAAUGUGAAAAGUGAUUGACACUCCAAAUGUGUGAUUUAGCAUCAGUCACUUUUCUGUAUCAGUUGAGAAACGAAGAUAAUAGAUAAGUAAUUAUUAUUACUAUCAAAAUCAUAUUUUUAUAAAGACUUGCGUAAUUACAGAAAACUUAAUGACAUAUUGAUUUAAUAUGCUAUUAUCUGAUUUCUGAUUAAUUAAACCAGAAUUAUAAUCAUUGGUGAAAAUCUUAAAUGAGGUAAAAUUA